CCGAGCGCCGCCGCGCGCAGCUGUGGCGGGUAGCGACGGGCAGCGCUGAGGGGAGCUCCACCGGGGCGGCGGAACGGGGGGAUCUACCGCUACCCGGCAGCGCUCGCCGCUGUCCCGGGAACCGGCGGCGCCCUCAUGCGGGCGCCCCGGGGGGAGCCCGCCCUGGAAGAGCCCCUGGAGCGGUACCAGAGGCGGCUCCGAGAGCGUGCUAGUGAUAGCAUUCAUCAACUGAAAUAUACCUUGGAGGAAAGACAGUUUGCAAAGGGUGAGGGUGAAGUUGGAUUUGACGUGUCCUCGGUGGACGACGAGGGCAGUGAUGAUGAAGACAGGGGCGAUGAUAACAGUGGGAAUACAGCCUGGCAGGAACGGCAGCACCAUCACGCAGUUAAUCAACUUAAAACUUUGUUGCAACAUCAAGAAAGAGUGGAAAGUGAAGGCUCUCCAUCAGGGAGGAAGAUGUCCUUCUCUAAACCCCCAGAAGCUGCAACCGGAGACUUACCAGCCCUUUCUGAUCUCGUUCCUAUAAUUAAUGAUCAGUCACAGUACAUUAAUCAUUUAGAAGCAGAAGUGAAGUUUUGCAAGGAGGAAUUGUCUGGGAUGAAAGAUCGAGUACAAGUAGUUGUACUUGAAAAUGAGGAGCUCCAUCAGAAACUGAAAUUCUUAACUGCAGAACAUAUGUGGAGAGAACAAACUCUUCUAGAUGCCUCGGCAAAUACUCAGAACUCCUGGCUUGCAGGUGGUAAUGACUUUAGCAUGUUUCAGCCUGUCACCUCAUCACCAGCACGUAACAAAGAUCAGGCUUUUGUUACAGCAGCUUCUGGAGACAUCGAAAAAUGGCCAGUAGAACUGGAGAAACUAAAACUUCUUUAUCAAGAAAAAGUCAAUAUCCUUGAAGCUCAAAUACAGUCUCUAAGGAAAGACCUUUCAGAAUCUCAGAAGACGUGCAAAGAUUUGGAAGGAAGGCUAAAACACCAGAAGGCACUUGUUUCAGCUGCGAAUUCUAGCCGGGUUGGUGGUCUGUGUCUGAAAUGUGCACAAUAUGAGGCAGUUCUUGCACAGACUCAUUCUAAUGUUCACAUGCAGACCAUCGAGAGGGUAACAAAAGAAAGAGAUGACUUGAUGGAUGCACUUGUUUCACUGAGACGAAACAUGAAAGAGAUGCAACAAAGAGAAUCUAAUGCUUGUGAGCAAGUUAAACAAGCUGUGCAAAUGGCAGAAGAGGCCAAUUUAGAAAAAACAAAGGCUCUAGUUCAGUGUGAGCAGCUGAAAAGUGAGAUAGAACGGCAGAAGAAUCGUCUUGAAAGGGAGUUAGCUGCCCAGCUAAAUAAGCGGACUGAUGAAAAGGAAGCACUGCGUGAAGAAAUGAAGAAGGAAAGGGAGGACUUGGCAGCAAUGGUGAUGGCCAUGUCUGAGAAAGUGGCCGUGUUGGAGGCUCAGGUAGAGAGAAUUACAAGGGAAAAAAACUCCCUAGUUAACCAGUUAGAAGAAUCACAGCAUCAGCUUUCAUCUCGGGAAAUGGAGAUGAAUAAGGUGUGUGAAGAAAUGCGCUAUCAGUUGAAUCAAACCAAAAUGAAGAAGGAUGAGGCAGAAAAGGAGCUCAGAGAGUACAGAACAAAAACUAUAAGGGAGCUUGAAGUUAAGGACCAGGUUAUGUCUUCACUUGUCCCUCUGGUCCUUCAACAUCAACUGAUUAGUGACCCAGCCCCAGGGAGAACCUUUCAAAAAGGAAGGAACCAGAAAAUAGAAAAACUGGGAUUAGAGCUGAAUGGAAACAAACAGCGUUUGGAACAAGCCCAGCAGGAUGUGACAGGAGCCAGAGAGGAGUGCCUAAAACUGACAGAACUGCUGAGUAAAUCUGAGCACCAACUGCACCUCACCAGAUUGGAGAAAGAGAGCAUUCAGCACAGCAUUAGCAAUGAAGCAAAGGCCCGAGCCCUUCAGGCCCAGCAAAGAGAGCAGGAGCUGACACAGAAGAUGCAGCAAAUGGAGGCCCAGCAUGAGAAAACUGUAAAUGAACAGGAUUCAUUGCUGACCUCCCAGAACAAAUUCAUAGCAAAAUUAAAAGAAGAAUGUUGUAUGUUGGCAAGGAAGUUGGAACAAAUGUCAGAAAAAUACAGAUCUGAAGUCAACCAGCUUAGUCAGGAAAAAGAGUAUCUUCAUGGCAGAUUGGAGAAGAUGCAGAAACGGAAUGAUGAAUUGGACCAACAAUGCAUCCAGCAUGGGAGAAUGCAUGAGAGGAUGAAGUCAAGGUUACAGCAGCUUGACAAGCACUGCCAGGCCACUGCCCAGCAGUUAGUGGAGUUGCUCAACAAACAGAAUCAGCUCUUCAAAGAGAAGCAGCUGCUUACAGAAGAGGUGCAGUUUCUGCGAACACAGGAAAAAAAAUGGGAUGCAGAUCUCAAACAGGACACAGAUGGAAUCAAGUAAAAACCUGGAUGGAUAAAGAGAAGUGAGCAGAAGUCUGCUCUGCACCUGGCUGACCCCUGGCCGAGGCUCACCCAGAGACACCCCUGCAGCCACCAGGCACGCUGCUGGCCGAUUUCACCUGCUCUCUAUUUGGUUUUAACUCCAGACUCACCCAUAUCCCGCAGCCUUGCC